AUGAGUGUCCUGUGCAUGCUGCGACCCUCUCUGCUCAUUGCUCUGGUUCUGGGCUCGGUCUCACCGGACGCUUCUCUGAACUCGACUUCAAACACAGCAGAGCUGACAUUCGGCUGCCAGGACCCGGUGAGCGGCGUGCAUCUCACCUGUGCACAGUGUCCCCCAGGGAGGUUCCUGCGGGAGCGCUGCACGGCAGAGAGGGACAGCGUGUGUGAGGAGUGCCCGCCCGGAUCUUUCACCGCGCUCUGGAACCACAUCAACCGCUGCCUCAGCUGCGGCGUCUGUGGACGGAACAUGGUGGAGACGACGCGCUGCAGCCGCCAACGCGACUGCGCCUGCGAGUGCAAACAUGGCUACUACUACCGCCAGCGCGCCGGGAUGUGCGUGCGCUGGAGCCAGUGCGGGACAGGCCAUGGGGUCAGCCAGCCAGGCUCUCCACAUGUGGACUCGGUCUGUGCCCCGUGUCCGGACGGGACAUUCUCAAACACGGUCUCCUCAGAGUCCAGCUGUGUCUCUCACACAAACUGCUCUAGCAUCAACAUGGAAGCUGUCGUCAAGGGCAACAGUUGGCAUGACAAUGUCUGCUCCACCUGCAUUGAGGCCCAAAGCCAAGACCCUUUGCAGUUGGGGCGCCCCCUGCUGGCCUCCUUCUUUGCUCACCACGAACUGUCGCUGCGCAGACUGAGGCAUGUGGUGAGCAUGCUGCCUCCUUCUGGUGGAACAGGGACACACCGCCGCGCCCUCUCCAGUCUGAACCAGGGCCAGCUCCAGACCCGACUGGAACAAUGGAUCUCAGAGACCAGCCUGGAGCAUCUCAGGACUCUACCGCCGAUCCUGUCCGAGACCGGAGCCAUGCACACCGCAGAGAAACUACGCAACAAACUGACCCGCAUUCAGACUGGACUAAACCAGUGUCUCCCGGGGAAGUUCCUGCGGGAGCGCUGCACGGCAGAGAGGGACAGCAUGUGUGAGGAGUGCUUGACCGGAUUUUUCACCGCGCUCUGGAACCACAUCAACCGCUGCCUCAGCUGCGGCGUCUGUGGCCGCAACAUGGUGGAGACGACGUCAGCGAGUGCAGACACGGCAACUACUACCACCAGCGUGCAGGGAUGUGCCUGCAGUGGAGCCAUGGACAGGCCAUGGGGUCAGCCAGCCAGCAUCAACAUGGAAGCUGUCGUCAAAGGCAACAGUUGGCAAGACAAUGUCUGCUCCACCUGCAUUGAGGCCCAAAGCCAAGACCUGGUCAAAACCCUGCUCUCCUCCUCAGACGCUUUCCAGUUUGGGCGCCCCCUGCUGGCCUCCUUCUUUGCUCACCAGGAACUGUCGCUGUGCAGACUGAGGCAUGUGGUGAGCAUGCUGCCUCCUGCUGGUGGAACAGGGACACACCGCCGCGCCCUCUCCAGUCUGAACCAGGGCCAGCUCCAGACCCGACUGGAACGAUGGGCGGAGCUAGACCGCAAGCAGGAGACGGUGCCUGACUCUCGAGGGACGCAGCGUCAGGGUGGAUCCCUGCCGUGUGUACUGCCCCAGGAACCCAAUUGGAAGGAGCAAUUGAAGCGUGAGAUCAUGGAGGACGUCAAAAUGCAAAUGAAGGGAAUAACACAGGAAAUAGUGGCAGAGCUCAAGCCGCUGCUGCAGACUGCUUCUCCACAACCCAGCCCACCUAAUCCAACCAGGACUAGGCAGUCCACACCCAGACCGUACAACGACCGAGAUGCACAAGAGGUUGAGGGGGUCAAAGUCCCUGAGCGAGGGGUGGUGAUUGUAGAGGAUGUGAAGUGCACGCACCCAUUCAUUGUAGGCAUGAAUGUUAUCAUGGCCUGUUGGGACACACUAUUUAAAUGCCCUGCCACGUCUUCUCGACUGCCCCAGUUUAAAACCCAGAAAGUGUGGAGAGAUGCAUUUGCCACUUGCCGCCAUAUUGAAGUUUCCCCUGCAGAAGACGGGCUGGUUGGUUUUGUUAGAUUGGCUGCAAAAGGCAAAGUUGUUGUCCCUCCCGAGAGUGAGAUGGUGGUGUGGGGCCGCACAAAGAGGAAUCCAGUCGGAAUAGGACAUUGUGCCCUUGUGGAGCCGCUGCUUGACGUGGGCGACAGUGAUGUUGGGGUUGCAAGAGCUCUGGUUGAAGUUAAACAAGGUAGAGUGCCAGUGCGUGUUCGUAAUCCACACCCCUAUAACAUUACCCUAGGGCGGUUCAGUAAACUAGGCCGACUGUAUCACAUUGAGGAAGCGGAUGUGCAGGGCCCCCAUAGUUUGUCCCUCUCCCUGGAGGACGACGGGGUUGUAGUAGUCACCAGAGUAGAGGUUGGUGCAGUUUCCCCUAGCCGCCCAGGACAAUCUGAAGGGACUAGCAUGUUGAGAAACAGACCUGACCUUUCUGACCAACAGCAGAGGGAGCUAAAGGCCCUGCUGCAGAAGUGGGAGCAAGUUUUUUCACAGCAUGAGGAGGAUUUUGGGUCGGACUAA